ACAAGAUGAUUAGAUGUCAGAGAAAUAGUGAAAUGUGAAUACCGGACACCGGUGUCCCGUGUGCGAACGACAACCGACAGGCUGUCCUGAACUCCUGAUUUUUAAAUUUUUCCUGUUGGUCUUCAUUUUUGACUUUUUUUCGUUUGUUUUUAGUCUGCCAUUAAGUUCAUUGUAAUCAUUUUUAGUAGUUUACUUCGCUAUUUUUCUACAGUCCGUACCCUGUGCGCUGACGAAACACUAUGUUUAUCGAAAGGGGGAAACCAGAAGAAAUCCCUAAGGGGGCCAUACGUCUCACAAAAGACGAGGUCAUGGAGUACAUGACCAACCUGAUACAAAAAUGGCCAAAUACUAUGGAAUUAUGGGCGCUGAAACACGGUAAUCCAAUUCUGUCGUCGGCUGUUGUCAUAUCGAGUUCCGUAAUUUUACAUUUUUACCGAAAAAGAUUAAAACUUGGGAACUAUGGACGUUUUACUUUGUUCUUACCAGUUGUUAUUAUGCCAUCAAUUUUUGAUCAAAUUUAUCAAAGCUCAAUUACUACUAAAUCAAUAAUUUUACAAGAAGAUUGUCCUAUUUGCAUUAGUACACAAUCAAUGUUCAUACAAUUGGGUACAGGAAUUGUUUACCCGUUGAUGAGCACAAUUGGUGGAUCUUAUAUGGUUGCCCACAAAAUGAACUUAUUAAGUUUUAAAUCCAAUGGACCUGACAUUGUUAAAGAAUUUGCUCAACAUCUAACGAAACUAAGUCGUCCACUAUAUAAUAGACUUACAGCAUUUGUUAUUGGUCAUGCAUUAUUAAGUUAUAUGAUAAGUCAUUAUCAAAUGGAAAAUUUUGAAUUUUUGAGGCUUAAAAUGUUGCAACAACAAAAUGAAGAAAUAGAAGCAUCACGUCAAAGGAAACAAAUUAGUAAUAAAUAAUGAUCCAUUGUGUUACUGAUAGAAUAAUUUAAUUGUAACUACUGUAUUCUGUCCAGCGUGAGAACAUGCUAAUUGUGCACAUUCCUAUUCUCACUCUGCUAUCAAGACUAGUUUCAUUAUAGCAGGAUGUUGUCUAGGGAUGCACCGAAAAAUUGAUUUUGAUUGGACCAAAUGGACUAUGCUAUAUUUUCUCACUGUACAGAGUAUAAUUAGAAUUUUAUUAUAUGUAGAAUAGUUUAGCUUAUAAAACAGUGUUUUAUGCUCUUAAAUAUAAUGUAACAAUGUUAA